AUGGCGACGCUCGCGCGGUGGAAUCCACCACUACCACCAGCCCCACUGGCCGCUGGGGCAGCCGCUCCUGCUGCCCGCCCCCUCGCUCGACGGCGGAUCACGCGCCGAGCCGCGACCGUGGUCUCCCCGCGCGCGUUCGGCGGCGCGAACUUCGAUGGCUUCGUGCGGCGCGCGUGGCGUAGCGCCAACGCGGGGGCCGAGCUCCUCGCCUUCGAGGCCCGGCAGGCCGCGCAGCGGCUGGACGGAAGGUUCUCGAUCUCCCGGAGGCUCGCGGACGCCUCCCGUGCUGCCCGCGCCCGCGCCGUUGAGAUCGACGCCGAGCUCGGCAUCGGGCGUCGGUGGCGCUCCUUCUCCGUCGACUUCUCCCGCAACUGGCCCAGGUAUCGGAGGGAGAUCAAUGACUUCAUGGAAACUCCCAUCGGGAGAGCAUUAGCUACAAUAUUUUUCCUAUGGCUUGCACUGUCAGGGUGGUUGUUCAGAAUUUUCAUUUUUGGCACGUUUGUGCUGCCAUUUGCUGCCCCUCUUCUUCUUGGGACCUUUGCUAACAGGGUUGCCAUUGAGGGAACAUGCCCAGCAUGCAAAAGGCGUUUUGUGGGUUACCGCAACCAAGUGAUUCGGUGCAUGAACUGCCAAAACAUUGUAUGGCAGCCAAAUAACAGCUCAUCUGGUGGCACUAGAAGUUCACGAAGCUCAGAACCUGAUGUAAUUGAUGUAGAAUACGAAGAGAAGUAA